GAAGAUAAUUAUUUUUCGAGAAAGUAAACAUUUUUAUUGAUGGAGAGAUUUAUUCAUUUAUUUAUUUAUCUAUUCAUUUAUAUAUACUCGUCGUGAACCACAUGCCAUGACCUAUCUUGACCUGAAAACACAAAGGGUCAUUCCUCGCCAUCCCACUGGUACCUCGAUCCUCUACCUCUACGAACUCGCCACUCGCCAUCCAUACUUCCAGGAAUGCAGGAGGACAUGGAUGAUGACACCACCUCUCGCCACUCUGGUUAGAUGAGCACUUCCCAUUGCCGUGUUCACUUUCCCAAGGGGCAUGGCAAGACUCUGGCCCAAUGCUAUGAUUGGUUCAUGGCACUCCUCAAACAACACCCAUUGUUGGAGCCAGUCAUCAAGGAAGGCAGGUGCUGGCCAUAUCUGACGGUCAAUCCUCAGGCUGAAGCAUAUGCCAUGCUGGUGAAGGAGGGCUUCCUUGGCCUCACCAUGAUCCCAGCAGACCCUGAUGCCAGGAAGCAGAUGGUCAUCAUUCAUGGCAUGUCCACCGUCAUCAAUGUUGGCCUUCUUGACACACCAAAGGCCUUCUUUUGGCUCAAGAGGCGUGUCGUCGCUGGUGAGCCCCGCCCUCAACUCCUGGGCCUCAUUGAAGGACCUGUACCCAGCUCAGUCUACCUCCAUGGGUAAGUCGGCACCACGCUGCAGGUACUGUUCUUGGGGCCACCCUUCCUCCCGCUGCCUGGAGAAGAUUCAUGCUGGAACCAGAGUACUUCCACUCUGCUGUAACUGUGGGGGUGAUCACAAUGCCACUUCCCGCCGCUGUCGCGCCAGGCCCAGACCUGUUAGAGAGCCACAGACUACCAGCACUGCUACUGGCCCCUCUAGAGUGGUCUUCCGGUUAGAUCCUCCUCCACAACACAAUGUCUGGACAAAUGGCCCCUCAUCCUGGUCUGCCUUCACUGCUCAGCCAUCAGCAUUCCCACCCCAGCCCGGCACAGCUGCCCCAGGUCAGCCUAGGGUGGCUCAACCUUCUGUGCCUUCCACACUGCCACCUGUCCCUGUGCCACCCAGGGAUGCCUCCGCCUCUGCUCUUGUGGAUGGAGCGCAUCAGCCUGCCACUGCAGCUGCUGCUCCUGCACCGCGGGCUGAUCUAGAUUUUGAGUACAUAUAUCAGAUCCUGAUUGAAAUCAAGGACAAGGUCAGUGACAUAGAUUUGAGGCUGGCUGCCUUGGUGCAAGACAUGGCAAAUCCAGCUCCUGUGGUGCGAAGUGGUAGGGAUGCAGCUCGUGGCUGAAAACCGAGAUGUGUUUGCCCCAUUUUCAGGGGGAGGCUAGCAUGACCCAACCUCCUCUCUUGUUGUAUACAUUAUUGAAACAAUUAAGUUAUCAAUCAAUCAAUCUCUGUACAUAUGACACUUAUGUAUCUCAAUAAAAGAUUGUCACUCUAUCACAAAC